CUGAAAGUGAAAGGAGAGCUAAAAUCUACGUCGAGCUGAAAUCUCUUUCACAGAAUGAUACAGCACUACAGCAUGAGAGGAGUGUAAACACAAACAAUUCUGACUUUCCACAAAAAGAGAGGCAAAAAUAAAGGUUUAACUGGAGCAUAAAAUGGCAGAACCUUCAUCAUCACAACCAAGAAAAGGCAAAAGGAAAAGCAUGGACACACCAGAGUCUUUUUCUCAUGACUCCAGCAGUCUCCUGUCUGAAGAGCAGCUGCUGUGUUCGAUCUGUCUGGAUGUGUUCACUGAUCCAGUCACCACUCCAUGUGGACACAACUUCUGUAAGAGCUGCCUUACACAGUGCUGGGAGAAGAGUCAACACUGUCAAUGUCCAUUAUGUAAAGAGAAAUUCACCAAGAGACCUGAAAUGAAGAUUAAUAUAACACUGAGAGAGGUUGCAGAUCACUUUAAGAAGAAAGGUGGUUCUGACAAACCUGAGGUUUUUUGUGAUGCCUGCACUGGAGAGAAGCUGAAGGCCCUGAAAUCUUGUCUGGAUUGUCGUGCAACUUUCUGUAAAACUCAUUUAGAGCCACAUAAUCAUGUUCCCAGCUAUAAGAGGCACAAACUAAUAAAUCCAUUGGAGAACCUGGAGGACUACAUAUGCCAGAAACAUGAGAGAGCUUUGGAGCUGAUCUGUAGAGAUGAUCAGAUGUGUGUGUGUCAGUUCUGCACUGAAGGAGACCACAAGAAUCACAACACUGUUCCUAUAGAGGAGGAGAGCAGAGAGAGGAAGACUCAGCUGGUGAAAAUACAGACAGAUGUGCAGCAGAUGAUUCAGGACCGACUGAAGAAGAUGAAAGAAAUCAAACACUCAGUAGACCAAAGCAAAAGAAGCACAGAGAAAAAGAAAGCAGACAGUGUUGAAGCCUUCACUGCUCUGAUUCGCUCCAUUGAGAGAAGUCAGGCUGAGCUGCUCGAGGUGAUGGAGGAGAAGCAGAAAGCAGCAGAGAGGCAGGCUGAAGGACUCAUUAAAGAGCUGGAGCAGGAAAUCACUGUGCUAAAGAGGAGAGACACUGAGCUGGAGCAGCUCUCACACACUGAGGAGCAUCUCCACCUCCUACAGAUUUACUCCUCCAUGUGCAGCCCUCCACACACCAAGAACUGGACUGAGAUCAGUAUUAACACUGAUCUGAGUGAGGACACUGUGAGGACAGCUCUGUCUCAGCUUCAGCAGACUCUGAAUGAGAAACUCACUAAAACAAUUGAUGACAAGUUAAAGGAAAUCGUUUCCAGAGAACUGAAGAGGAUUCAGCAGUAUGCAGUGAAUAUGACUCUGGAUCCUGAUACAGCUCAUCCCAAUCUCAUCCUGUCUGCUGAUGGAAAACAAGUGACAUGUGAAGACGAACGACAGAAUCUCCCUGAUACACCACAGAGGUUUAAUGAUUGUGUUAUGGUUCUGGGAAAGCAGAGUUUCUCCUCAGGGAGAUUUUAUUUUGAGGUGCAGGUAAGAGGGAAAACUGCAUGGGAUGUUGGAGUGGCUACAGAGUCCAUUAACAGAAAGGGGGAGAUUAAAUUGACUCCUCAGAUUGGAUUGUGGACUGUGGCUCUGAGGGACAAGAAUCAGUACAUUGCUUGUGCUGAUACCCCUGUCCCCCUCACACUGAGAGAGAAGGUGGAGGUGGUGGGGUUGUUUGUGGAUUAUGAGGAGGGUCUGGUCUCCUUUUAUAAUGUGAAGUCCAGAUCUCAUAUCUACUCUUUCACUGGUCAGUCAUUCACUGAGAAAAUCUAUCCUUUCUUCAGUCCUGGUUUAAAUGAUGGAGGUAAAAAUUCAGUACCACUGAUCAUCUCUCCUGUAUUUAACACUGAAUGAAUUUUCACCUUGCAAAUUUACUUCUCAUUUUCAUAAUUAAAUGGGAUUAAAAAAGAAUCAAAUGAAAUAUUUUACUUUUUCUGGUUCAUACUAGAGGUGGAAAAAAACACAUAAUAUUAAUCCUACAAUCUGGUUUUAUGAUUAUUACAAAUCGAAUAUUAAUAUAAUUAUUUACAGAUCACACUUUGAGUUUUACUGCAGAAUUUAAUUUGAUCAAUAAAAUGUAUUAAGUUAAACUGUUCAUGUUUGUGUAGAUAAAACUGAACAAAACUGUAUUUUUCCUUAAAACUUCAUUAAACAUAACGACAAACAAAUUCAUAUUUUAUUAAGAAAUAAAAAUGUCAGGCUGAUUCUGUUCUUUAAAACAAUAAUGAAUAAAUAAAUUAAUCCUCUAUCUGUGGUAAUUUCUGCCAUCUGCUGGUGCAAAGGGGAAACGAUGUUUUCAUAAGAAAACAAAUUCUUAAAGUUAGGACGUCAGAGGGAGUCUCAUUAAUAUUUAUGAGGAAGUUCUACCUGAUUGGUCACUGACACGUUUUGGCGCUGACGUUUCAUGUUGCUGCACCCGACAAUUUUCUGACUAAACUGACUAGUGCAAGAAACAGAAUUAACUGGAAAUAUACAUUUUAUUUAAUUUUCUGUUUGAAACGCCAGCUAGCUAUUAUUGCAUUAAAAAAAAUUAAUAUUACCAUGGUUUUAUUUACUACAUUCUCCACACUGAAAUGAAAAUUAAAAUGUCAUUAUGUGAUAAACGGGUAAAUUCUGAGCGGGACAGUAAAUCACUGUAACUUUAAUCUGUUUGUAGUGAAGUGAUAUCGAGUUCAGUGAGACAUUAUUAAAGCAAACUUUCUCUUGGAGAAAACCUUAUUUCUACAUGUAUGAAGUCCGAAUGUUUCGACUGUUUUUGUUAUGAUUUAUUUUAUUUUGUUUGUGGUUGCCAUGGUGAUCUAACCCCUAGUGCAGCAUGAAAUGUCACAGCUGAUGGUCCAGUAAUUCAGUUCCCGUGUUUCCCCAUCAGUGUGCAUGCGCUAAAUCAUUGCAUUUUCUUCUACUGAGUCUCUUCUGUACCUCGAACCGAGCAUAGAAGUUGUUUAGCCAUCUGGGAGGGAGGCAUCACUGUCACAGGCAGGUGAUGUGGUCUUGUAGUUUGUGAUUGCCUGUAUGACCUGCCAUAUGCACCGGGAGUCUCCGCUGUCCUGGCGUAUGCACACUUCGCCUCUUUGAUGGCUUGGGACACUUUGGCCCUUGUUGUUUUUAAGGCCGUCUUGUCUCCUGCUCUGAAGGCAGAGUCUCUAGUCUUUAGCAGCGCAUGCACUUUUGUGGUCAUCCACGGCUUCUGGUUGGGGCGUGUAAUGAUGGUCUUGGACACUUGCUGAUGUAGCUGGUCACUGAUGCUGUGUACUCCUCCAAGUAGAUAGAGUUGCCAUUGGUUGCAGCCUCCCUGAACAUAUGCCAGUCAGUGCAAUUAAAAACAGUCCUGAAGAGCAGAGGUGGCACCUGCUGGCCACAGCCAAUUCCAGGACAGCAGAGACACCCAGAGAAUGUGUCCCCUGCAGUUUCACCUAAACGGAUCCACGGACGAUGCCAUUGCCACAACCCUCCAUCUGACCCUCACUCACCUGGACAAUAAAGAUGCAUAAAUACAAAUGCUGUUCAUAUAGUUCAGUUCAGCUUUCAACUUAAUCAUCCCUCAGCACCUGAUUGAGAAGCUGAGCCUGCUGGGCCUGGACACUUCCCUCUGCAACUGGAUCCUCAACUUCCUGACCGGGAGACCUCAGUCAGUCUGGACCGGGAGUCGGGAACAGCAUCUCCAGCAAUGCACAGCUCGAAUCACAGUAUCAAGUUUGCCAAUGACACAACCGUGGUGGGUCUCAUCAGCAAGAAUGAUAAGUCAGCAGUCUCUGAGAGGAGGUGCAACAGCUAACAGCCUAACGUAUAGCCAACAAACUAAAGAGAUGGUUGUUGACUUCAGGAGAGUACAGAGCGACCAUUGUCCAGUGAACAUCAAUGGAUCCUCUGUGGAGAACAUCAAGAUCACCAAGUUCCUUACUGUUCAUCUGGCAGAGAACUUCACCUGGUCACUCAACACCAGCUCCAUCAGUAAGAAGGCCCAGCAGCUUCUCUACUUUCUACAAAGGCUGAGGAAAUCCCAUCUCCCUCCUCCCAUCCUGACCAUGUUCUACAGAGGGACCAUCAAGAGCAUCCUGAGGAACUGCAUCACUGCCUGGUUUGGGAAAUCGCAUCAUCUCGGAUUGCAAGUCCUUGCAGCGGAUAGUGAGGAUAGCUGAGAAGAUAAUUGGUGUCUUUCUCCCCUCUAUCAUGGAUAUUUACACCAAAUGCUGCAUCCGCAAAGCCAACAGCAUUAUGGAUGACUCCACACACCCCUCACAUACACUCUUCACCCUCUGGCCUCUGAAAAAAGGUUAAGAAGCAUUCGGGCCCUCACAACCAGACAGUGUAAUAGUUUCUUUCCUCAAGCCAUCAGGCUCCUCAACACUGGAAACUAAACUGUACCGAACUCACACACGUGGCACAUGCUGUCUUGCACAUUUAUUCAGCUGCUGUUUUUGCACACCACAUUUCAAUACUGCCACGAACUGCUGCUAUUACAUAAGUGUAUAUACACUGAUCAGGCAUAACAUUAUGACCACCUGCUUAAUAUUGUGUUGGUCCCCCUUUUGCUGCCAAAACAGCCGUGACCCGCCAUGCACUGUGUAUUCUGACACCUUUCUAUCAGAACUAGCAUUAAGUUCUACAGCAAUUUGAGCAACAGUAGCUCAUCUGUUGGAUCAGAUCACACGGGCCAGCCUUCGCUCCCCAUGUGCAUCAGUGAGCUUUGGCCACCCAUGACCCUGUCACUGGUUCACCAGUGUUCCUUCCUUGGACUACUUUUGAUAGAUACUGACCACUGCAGACCGGCAAGAUCUACCCCAGGAUGACCCUAGUAUUUCCGUAUCAUUCCAACAAUAUUCCAGUGGAGGGUUCCCUCUGGUGGUCUGGAGGGGAAAAUGCAGGCAGAGUUGUAACUCUGGAAAUAGGAUAGUUUUCAUUACAUUUGGGUGAACAUUUUUAUUGGACCUGGCAACCCAGUCCCUGUAACUAACAGGGAGUCAGAAUAAACGUUUUUGAAGCACCUUUACUGGUUGGCUGCAGUACAGUUCUUUGUAUGUUGCUCAAGUGGCCUCAUUGUAUUCAUGAUUAAACUAGCAAGACAAUCAACAAAGAGAUGGCAUUAACAAGUCUGCUAACAAUAGCUAAAUUUCAGAAUAAGUUACAAGUGACUUUACAUGAAUUUAACUAACAAUGAAAGUCCCAGUAAAAGUGAAAUACUGUUAGUCUAUUACAAUCUAAUAAAGAUAAUUAUUAACAUGUGUUUUAUAUUGCAAUUUACCAUUAAAUACUGUUAAAUGUGUGAAUGAAGUAUUUGAUUUCUUACUGAAAAAGUUAAAAACACAGAGGGAAAUAAAUGGCUGAAUCUUCAUCAGAAACAAAAUGCAGAAGAAGGAGGAGCAUGGAGUUAUACAGCUUAUGCAUAAUUAUGCAAGAUUAGCCUUUUGUAUUUAUUAAAUAAACUGUGCUAGUACUUUACUUUUAUUUCUGUAAUAACAAAUAAUUGCCUUGUACUGCAUGGUGGAUAUUCUACAUCAUUUGAUGAAGGACUAUUAUCACUAU